AUGCAUCGCCAUGCCUAUUCCAACGGGCAUGCGGCAUAUCCUUCGUUAGGAGGCAGCGGCACCUUCUCCAUCCAACCACACAACGCGUGGCAUCAUGAUGCUAACUUUCGUUGCUGCUGCAGGUUCCAGCCGCGAUCACAACCAGCGCUACGGCGGCGUCGCCAGCUAAUACAGCGCCUCUUGCUCGGCGGCACCCUCUUCUGCCUCUUCUUCUUCUUCUUUUUCCCUGACAUGCGGCCGAACCUGGGCUCGGGGCCUCUCAGCUACUUUGCCUCCACCGAGGACUCCCAGCUUGAGACGGUCCGAUACUACGACCUGAACAAUGUGCAGGGCACAGCAAGGGGGUGGGAGAGGGAGGAGAGGAUACUGCUCUGCGCACCGUUGCGAGACGCCUCGCCACAUCUCGACAUGUUCUUCAAUCAUCUGAAGAAUCUGACUUAUCCCCAUAACCUCAUCGACCUGGCCUUUCUCGUCGGAGACUCUAAAGACGAUACGAUUGAGAAGUUGACAAGGAAGCUCGGCGAGCUGCAGGCGGAUCCAGAGCCAAAGCAGCAAUUCGGAGAGAUAUCAAUCAUGGAAAAGGAUUUCGGGCAAAAAGUCGACCAGGACGUUGAGAGCAGACACGGGUUCGCGGCUCAGGCGGGACGACGGAAGUCUAUGGCUCAGGCUCGCAAUUGGCUGCUCAGCGCGGCUCUACGACCAACACACAGUUGGGUUUACUGGAGGGACGUCGAUGUCGAGACUGCGCCGUUCACCAUCUUGGAGGACCUCAUGCGGCACAACAAGGAUGUCAUCGUUCCCAAUGUCUGGCGACCUCUGCCUGACUGGCUCGGAGGAGAGCAACCUUAUGACUUGAAUUCGUGGCAGGAAUCGGAGACUGCUUUGGCCCUGGCUGAUACCUUGGACGAGGAUGCGGUCAUCGUAGAGGGAUACGCGGAAUAUGCCACCUGGAGACCCCAUCUAGCUUACCUUCGAGAUCCCUAUGGCGACCCUGACAUGGAGAUGGAAAUUGACGGCGUUGGAGGAGUCAGCAUUCUAGCCAAAGCGAAGGUGUUCCGCUCUGGAGUCCACUUCCCCGCAUUCAGCUUCGAAAAGCAUGCCGAGACAGAAGGGUUUGGAAAGAUGGCGAAGCGCAUGAAGUUCUCAGUCGUUGGCCUUCCGCACUACACGAUCUGGCAUCUCUACGAGCCCAGUGUUGACGAUAUCCGACAUAUGGAGGAGAUGGAGAAGGAGCGAAAGAGCAAGGAAGCCGAAGAGAAGGCUAAGAAAGAGCGCAUGGACAAGAUCAAAGACCAGUUCGACUCUAAGUCCAGCGAAUGGGAGAAGGACAAGAACGAGAUCCACAAUCUGGUACAGAACGCAAAGAAGGAAGCGGAGCAGUCUAAGAAAGAAGCUGACUCUCCGAAGAAGGAACCCGAAGCCCCAAAGAAGGAUGCCGAGCAAUCUAAACAAGAAAACCCCACACCUGCGCAGAUUCACGACGCGAGGGGAGAGGAUGAAAAGAAACCAGCCGAGCCGAAGCAGUGA